AUGGAGCACAGUCAGACCCACCCCACCUCGUCCUCCAUGGAGCACAGUAAGACCCACCCCUCCUCCUCCUCCUUGGAGCACAGUAAGACCCACCCCACCUCAUCCUCCAUGGAGCACAGUCUGGCCCACCCCACCUCCUCCUCCUUGGAGCACAGUCAGACCGACCCCAGUUCCUCCUCCAUGGAGCACCGUCUGGCCCACCCCGGCUCCUCCUCCAUGGAGCACAGUCAGGCCCACCCCGGCUCCUCCUCCAUGGAGCACAGGAGGACCCACCCCAGAUCCUCCUCCGUGGAGCACAGUCUGGCCCACCCCACCUCCUCCUCCUUGGAGCACAGUCAGACCGACCCCAGUUCCUCCUCCAUGGAGCACCGUCUGGCCCACCCCCGCUCCUCCUCCUUGGAGCACAGUCAGAACCACUCCGGCUCCUCCUCCAUGGAGCAUUCCUCCUCCAUGGAGCACAGUCAGACCCAUCCCACCUCCUCCUCCUUGGAGCACAGUCAGACCUACCCCAGUUCCUCCAUGGAGCACAGUCAGGCCCACCCCACCUCCUCCUCCUUGGAGCACAGUCAGACCUACCCCAGUUCCUCCAUGGAGCACUGUCUGGCCCACCCCGGCUCCUCCUCCAUGGAGCACAGUCAGACCCAUCCCACCUCCUCCUCCUUGGAGCACAGUCAGACCUACCCCAGUUCCUCCUCCUUGGAGCACAGUCAGGCCCACCCCACCUCCUCCUCCUUGGAGCACAGUCAGACCGACCCCAGUUCCUCCUCCAUGGAGCACCGUCUGGCCCACCCCGGCUCCUCCUCCAUGGAGCACAAUCAGAACCACUCAGGCUCCUCCUCCAUGGAGCACAGUCUGGCCCACCCCACCUCCUCCUCCUUGGAGCACAGUCAGACCUACCCCAGUUCCUCCAUGGAGCACAGUCAGGCCCACCCCACCUCCUCCUCCUUGGAGCACAGUCAGACCGACCCCAGUUCCUCCUCCAUGGAGCACCGUCUGGCCCACCCCACCUCCUCCUCCUUGGAGCACAGUCAGACUGACCCCAAUUCCUCCUCCUUGGAGCACAGUCUGGCCCACCCCAGCUCCUCCUCCGUGGAGCACAGUCAGACCCACCCCAGCUCCUCCUCCUUGGAGCACAGUCAGAACCACUCAGGCUCCUCCUCCAUGGAGCACAGUCUGGCCCACCCCACCUCCUCCUCCUUGGAGCACAGUCAGACCGACCCCAAUUCCUCCUCCUUGGAGCACAGUCUGGCCCACCCCAGCUCCUCCUCCGUGGAGCACAGUCAGACCCACCCCAGCUCCUCCUCCAUGGAGCAUCAGACCGACCCCAGUUCCUCCAUGGAGCACUGUCUGGCCCACCCCGGCUCCUCCUCCGUGGAGCACAGUCAGACCCACCCCGGCUCCUCCUCCAUGGAGCACAGUCAGAGCCACCCCGGCUCCUCCUCCGUGGAGCACAGUCAGACCCACCCUGGCUUCUCCUCUAUGAAGCACAGUCGGAACCACAGUCAGACCUACCCUGCCUCCGCUUCCUGGAGCACAGUCAGAAGUCAUGGAGCUCUGUGUCUGCCCCAGGCCCGUGUGCAGCCUGGCCCUGGACCUGGCAGCAGCAAGGCCGCCAGCCUGGCCCGCACAGCUGGGAGCUGUCUUGCAGCCCAUGGCUCUGAACUGGCCAUAAGCUUUUUCUUGGCCGUAGUUAGCACAACCCUUGGCGCCCAGUGGAAGUCUGUGCAAACCACGCUAGGAAACAGGCUGGGCCUCGCUCUCCCAGAGGGGAAGAGGGACCGGGGUGGGCAGACGGCCGCGAGAGCUGGCCUCCACCGGUGUCUGUGGUGUCUUGCCCCAGAGCUCCACAUGCGUCCUGUCUGCUCUCUGGCUGUCCUGGCCUCUGUCUGA